CAAUAAUUUGUUAAUGCCUAUAUACCGAAUCGUAGUUGACAAUAUAAAGAAUAAAGAACACUAUAUCAGGUACGAAAAUUGCGUUGAGUUGUGCGCUUGCCUGAACAUUAUAAAUUGUCCUGCCACACACGGUAUAGUAUGUAAACAUAUACUUUUGAAGUUUAUGCUCUUUGUUCCGUAGAUAUGGAAAAAUAAAAUUCUAAAUAAAUUAAAUAGAAACCCUCUUAAUCCUUAAUCGUAAUAAAAUAAUGAAUAAUCAAUGAAUAUUCAGUAUUUACUAGCUUUACAAAUGUAAUGCAGACUUAUGGCAGUAUUAAUUUGCAUUGGGCAAGAAGAGAACGUUUAAAAUGGAGCUUAAUACUUUUAAGUGGGACUUGUUUUGUUUAUGCUUCAAGAACAUCUGUUCCUCUCUUAAUGCCAAUAAUUGGCAAGGAAAAGGGAUGGAGCAAAACAGAUUCUGGAACUAUCCUUUCCAGCUUCUUUUGGGGUUACACAAUGACACAAGUAUUGGGUGGAUAUAUAAGUGAUCGAAUAGGAGGUCAGCGUAUUAUGUGGAUUGCUGCAGUAGGCUGGGGAAUAUUAACCUUCUUAUUACCCGAUAUCAUUGAAUUUUCUUCAAAAUACGACUAUUCUAUAGAAAUCAUAGCGUUUGCUCGUAUGAUAAAUGGAGCAUUCCAAGGAAUGCACUUUCCUAGUAUGAUUAGUUUGACAAGUCAACGAUUAACUGAAAGUGAAAGAGCAUCUUUCUUCAGCUUGGUAACUUCUGGUUCUGCUUUGGGAACUCUAUUGACUGGAGUUUUAGGAUCUUAUGUUUUACAACAUUAUGAAUGGGAUUCUGUUUUUAGAGUUUUAGGUUGUAUAAGUAUUGCUUGGACAUUUCUGCUCAUUUAUUAUUCCUUAUUACUCAGCGGCCGGUCAAUAAUUGAUAAGGAAUCAUCUGAUAAUAAAUUACCAAUCAAAGAACUUAUUACUAAAGCGCCUUUCUGGUCUUGCGUGAUUGGUCAUGCAUGUCAAAACAAUUGCUUUUUUAUCUUAUUAUCAUGGAUGCCUACGUACUUUCACGAUACAUUUCCUGAAGUUAAGAGCUGGAUAGUAAAUAUGGUACCAUGGCUUGCUUCAGUACCAUCGAUAUUUUUGGGUAGAGCAAUUUCUGAAAAACUAAUAAAGAUUGGUUUCACUGUCACAGUAACGCGUAAAAUUAUACAAACAACUUGUUUUGUGAUACAAGCUAUAAAUUUAUUAUUUCUAGCUGCAACUGACACAUCAGAAAAAGCAAUUUUAUAUCUAACUUUAAUUAUUGCUGGUUCUGGUUUUCAUAAUAGUGCAAUUGUAGUAAAUCCAUCAGAUUUAGCACCAAAACAUUCUGGUAGUGUUUUUGGAUUUAUGAAUACCAUUGGUGCUAUUCCUGGUUUCUUAGGAGUUUAUUUUGCUGGACACAUUCUACAUCAAACACACAGCUGGACUGUUGUAUUUAUUUACAUUUUUGUAAUAGAAAUAAUAGGAGCAUUGGUUUAUUUACUUUUUGGUUCUGGUCAAGCAAUUUUAUAA